GGAAUGUUCAUCUCUAACGCAUGUGAAUUUGUUUAUUUUUUAAUUAGACAUGAAUUGCGGCUAUUGCCAAGUCCUAAUCGAAGACGACAACUAUCUGGAAUGCCAGGAAUGCAGUCGCAGUGUUCACAUCAAAUGCUUAAAACAAGCCACUCCUGGAGACCUACUCGGCGAUGUGUUUUUCGAUUUCACUUGCAUUAAUUGUGCCAGCGAGGAGCGUUAUGUUCGCCAGAGGAUACCCUGGUUGCUAGUUUUGAGCCUCACUUUGUAUAAUCUGUCUAUUAAACAGAAAGGAUUGGGCCAUCAUGGAUACUUUCACUGGCGCACACAUAUAAUUAGUUUCGUGGGGAAGCACUGGAAUUAUAUAUUUGGUUCGCAUGUACGGCGUCGCAAGCAAUGGUCUGGAUCUGUGUCUGGCGCCUUAUCCCAUAACAGUCCCGAGUAUUUUCAAUCAGGACUGGAUCUAUUUCAAGAGCACGGUUGGUGGAAACUUUCCAAACGAUAUCAAACCCCUAGGAGCGUAUUAAGAGAAUACGAGAAGAAACAACUGCAGCGGCAACAACUCCGUAAUGAUAAGCGUGUGCCUGCCGUGGAUGAGAACAGCUGCAGCAGUGAAUUAUCUGUUACAGAUAAUCCACAUGUGGCCAGCGAUGAAAAGCCCACCGAUGAAAAUAUAUCUGCCUCUUGUGAAGGUUGCGCUCGGGCCAUUCCUUACAUGGGUCGUGGUCCUAAGCUAGCCAACACGGCAUCAGCGGUUCCGGCUCAGUUGCCUGCUGCUAAUACAAUUCAGCAAGAUUUGCCUCUGCCGGACUCUGUAGAGGAGGCUCCACAACAAUCUUUAAGUACGGUUCAAGCUAGCCUAAUGGAUUUUCUAGCCGAGAGUUUAGGAGGCGACGAUCUUAGCAUGUUCAAUAGUUUGCAUGGGAUUAUGCCUAUGCCUACGCCCCUGAUUGGAACGGGAAAAAGUGAUUUCUUUAUGGCCGAUGCAUUGCUAGAAGCACCCACUGGAACAGGAGGUUUAUUUGAAUUGGAAACAAAUUUUGGAAUACCCGCAGCUGAGCUAAACGAAGAUGUUGCAGAAGAUCAAUCCCAACAAAGCGGUGCGGAUAGUGAAGAGGAACAAAUUGAAAAAGAGAAACUUGACGUUAAGAAAGAAGACGGCCCAUUCAUCUAUCAGCCACGAAUAGUCCAGAUCACCAAUUUCCAAGCGCAAGAACCGUCGAUUCAUAUCAAGGCUGAGCCCAUGGAGCAAGAAAUAGACGAAACAGAGGAGAUUGAGUCCCAGAAACCUUCUAUUGAGGCCUGCAAACCAAGUGGUUUCGUGCAACAACCGCGUCGAAACUGGCCUUGGUUGCAGGAGACCCAUGAGACAUGUGAGGACCAUGAUGAUGAUAUACAUCAGUCCAUACCCUGUGAAAAUCUCACACUAAUGAGUGUCUAUGAAGAACAAAACUUGCAUCAACGACUGCAGAAGAUUUUCGCUGUGGAUCAGCAAUCGCAAUUGCAUAUUCCGUCAUUUGUGCGACGUCUAUAUCGAAAACUUUGCUUACGCAAAUGGAAAAGAGAGCAUAAUCGUCCCAUUUUUAAUCUAGACGAACAUGUGGAUCCCGCUUUGGCACAACGCCAGAAACAAAGUCAAAUUUUGGAUCGCUAUCAAUUGAUAACACAUUCUCGGCAGGACGCAAGGAGCUCUUUCUAUGCACGUCUUGCCGGAUCCGAUCAAUACGAACUUUUUAAAUCCCCCUACAGCCAACGCAUACUGCAUCCAUUUAUCUUUAGAAGCGAGAACAUUGCCCCACCUUGGCUGCGAUUGAUGUGCGAGAUGCAGCAUCGGAUAACCGGUUGUCAUCCUACCAGAGGUACCAUAGACCUGUGCUAUGUGCGUCCACAGCACAUUCCAGCGGUUAAUGCCCUGCUGCAAAGUGUUUUCUGGCCGGGCAUUGAUGUAAGUGAUUGCCUUAGCUACCCGGAUUACAGCGUAGUAGCCCUUUACAAAAAAUUGGUAAUUGGCUGUGGAUUUUUAGUUCCUGAUGUCGGCUAUAAUGAGGCUUAUAUUUCGUUUAUGGCGGUGCGUCCAAAUUGGCAACGCAGUGGUAUAGCCACCUUAAUGCUUUAUCAUCUCGUACAGACUUGCAUGUCCAAGGAUAUAACGCUGCAUGUGUCAGCCAACAAUUCGGCUGUGAUGCUGUAUCAGAAGUUUGGCUUCAAAAUUGAAGAAAUUAUUCUUGACUUUUACGAUAAAUAUUUGCCACACGACUCCAAGCAAAGCCGAAACGCAUUCUUUCUACGUUUGAUGAGAUAGUUUAGACACAUACUUAAUAAAUAAAGAAGCCUUAAAAAACUUUAAA